AUGGCUGCAGACGUGAGUCACGCUGCGGCGCAGAUCCUAUCCACCGAUAACGCGCGCGACCCCAGCUACGACGAAUUCUCCUUCCUACCUUUCCUCCGCCAGAACUUUAGCUUCGGCCUCGCCAGCGAUGUCCCUGUCUGCAAGGCUUACAGCGAGGGCCACUGCCCUCUAGGGCCCGCAUGCCCAGAUCGCCAUCCCACCCCGUCGCGAGUCACGACGUCGACCACCACCGCCUCAGGGCUGGCACCGUCCACAACCCACGGAUCGCUAGUCUGCAAACAUUUCCUCAAGGGCCUUUGCAAAAAGGGACUGAAAUGCGAAUAUCUGCAUGAAUACAACCUGCGACGGAUGCCGGAAUGCCAGUCCUUCUCGCGGUCCGGCUACUGCCCCAACGGUGACGAUUGUCUCUACCAGCACGUGCGGGAACAAGCUCGACUUCCCCCCUGCGAGCAUUACGAUCGGGGAUACUGUCAGCUGGGGCCGCUAUGCGCGAAACGCCACGUGCGUCGACGCAUUUGCCAAUACUACCUGGCGGGAUUCUGUCCGGAUGGAAAAGCCUGCGUCAAUGCCCAUCCGCGAUGGAGCGAGAAUCUCCCGCGACCGUCAGUCCGGGUCGAGAAGAGCGAGGAGGAACUGGAGCGCGAGAAGAUUUUGAUCCGGGAGGAGCAAGAAAGGGAGAAGGAGCGGGAGCGAGAAUGGAGGUCUGAACGUGGCCGCGGCGGGGGUUUCAUGCGUGUUCGGUUCAGGGGACGAGGACGUGGUUAA